UUCGACUUUCACGCUGAUUUUAUUUAUUUUCACGUGUAGAGCAGAAAACAACAAAAAUAAAUUUGAUUCAAAUAUAUCAUGGAAGAGGAAAAUAGUGGUAUGGAAGUCGUUGACUUCGAACCAAUGGAUGCUGACGAGGAUUUGGAAGCAGACAACAACGACGAUGCUGAUAGUGGAACUGGAGGAGAUCAAGAAGAAACUGAUGACGUCUAUAUUCCGGGCCAGAAACUUGAUGAAGAUGAAGAGUUAGAGUGUGACGAAUCUGCAUACGUGAUGUUGCAUCAAGCUCACACCGGAGCACCAUGUCUGAGUUUCGAUAUAAUCCCCGAUGAUUUGGGUGAUGCUCGUGAAUCAUUUCCAAUGUCGUGUUACAUGGUUUGUGGUACUCAAGCAGCAAGGGCGCACGUGAACAGUUUAAUUGUUAUGAAAAUGUCUAAUUUGCACCGGACAAGUAAAGAGCAGGACUCGGACAUGGAGAGCGACUUGAGCGAUAGUGAUGAAGAAGAGGACGAUGAAAAGAAACCCAAAAUGGCAUGUGCACUAAUUAAACAUCAGGGUUGUGUAAAUCGAGUGCGCAGCACGCGAUUCAACAAUACAACUUUUGCGGCAUCGUGGAGCGAGCUUGGUCGCGUCCACAUCUACAACCUGAAUGAUCAAUUACAAGCAGUCGAUGACAAGAAUGCAUUAAAGGCUUACGAAAUGGGACAUGGAUCAGAUCUAACUAAACCAACAUUUAGCUUCAGUGGUCAUCAACAGGAAGGAUUCGCUCUCGACUGGUGUCAAACUAUGCCAGGUUACUUAGCAUCGGGUGAUUGUCGAAAAGAUAUCCACAUAUGGAAGCCUCACGAAGACUCAUGGUUGGUGGAUCAACGUCCUCUCCAAGGGCAUGCAGCUAGUGUAGAAGAUUUGCAAUGGAGUCCGAACGAAAGAAAUGUCCUUGCAUCAUGUUCUGUUGAUAAAAGCAUUCGAAUUUGGGAUAUAAGAGCGAAUCCAUCAAAAGCUUGCAUGUUGACGUGCGACAAUGCACAUGAAAGUGACGUCAACGUUAUCAGUUGGAAUAGAAAUGAACCAUUUAUCGCUUCUGGUGGUGAUGAUGGAGUGUUGAAUAUUUGGGACUUGCGGCAAUUCCAGAACAAAACUCCAAUUGCUACAUUCAAACACCACACAAAUCACAUAACAACAGUUGAAUGGCACCCAAAAGAUUCUACUGUCCUUGCAAGUGGUGGUGAUGAUGAUCAAAUAGCAUUGUGGGAUUUGUCUUUAGAACGGGAUGAGAGCGCUGACGAUCAGAAAAAUGAAAAACUACGGAAUCUGCCACCGCAGUUACUCUUUAUUCAUCAAGGACAGAAAGAAAUUAAAGAAUUGCAUUGGCACCCUCAGCUACCAGGUGUUAUUUUAUCAACGGCCCACACGGGUUUCAAUAUAUUCAGAACUAUAAGUGUUUAAAAUGAAUAAUAAAAUUGAUAAUAAAACGAAACAAUUUUAAUUUUGCAAAAUUAGAAGAUUAGAAGUAUCCUAAAAGAAAUCAUAAAAAAAUAAAAUUU